ACAUCAACUGGUAGUUCAGCUCAUUUUUGAAGGCGAUUUUGACAGGUUGUUGGCCAUGAAUGCCCUCACCGUAAGCUUGGUGGCCCUGGUGGCGCUGACUGGACCGGCCGUGCAGUCGGAAGACGUGCCCUGCAGGACGUUUGAAGAGAUCUACCCCAGCGGGAGGGAGCUGUGUGAGAAGAUGUGGGACGGCGCCUUCGUGUACGAGACCAACCUCAGCGCGGCCUUCACCAUGUGGUUCUUCGAGGCCGAAAAUCCAAACAACAAAGUGUCUGAGAGACUCGGGUGGCCAUCGGCUGAUGACUGUCACUUGGAGUACUUUCAUAAGGAAAGCCCGGGACCAGAACCGGACAACUUCACGGAGUGCCAUCCCUGGAAGGACUACUCCUGCUGUCACCAGGCCACCGUGUCUUCCGUACAGAACAUCAAGGAAGCGUACGGCAAGGAGUGGCACUGGGACCGGUGUGGUCCCCUCAGCUCUGCCUGUGAGCGCUUCUUCGUGCAGGAGGCCUGUCUGUACGAAUGUGAACCCAACGCAGGUUUCUAUCGGAAAUUCCCGGCUCACAUCUACAACGAGUCGGACCCGAACCACAACAAGUGGCAGAUGGAGGGCAUGCCCAUCCGCGCCGACUACUGCGACGCCUGGCUACGAGCCUGCCGGUACGACCGCUUCUGUGCCGUGGACAGUGGCAGCUAUCACUCGUGUGCCAGGGAGUACCUCGAAGCUGAUAAGCUGACCACGGGGGAAUACGGUGUAAAUGCUGGGCUAGUUGCAGGAGUAGUCGUAGCUUUGUUGGUGGGGUUAGUGUUGUGUGGUACUCUUGGUUAUUUCAUUUACCGAGAGAGGAAGGGGGAACCUGUGUUCGACAAGCUCGAGACUUGAGUCGUUCGAUAACAUCAUGAGGACCCCUAUCUACAGUAUGUUUUUCCGUCAACAGCUAAAAAACAUAUCCUACACUUUGUCACAUGUUCAUGGUUAGUCUAUGUACAGUGGCCUGUGUGGUUGUGGUGCGCGUGCUACGUG